AAAGGGCUCCCGGGGAGAGAACGAGUGGUCAGGCGAGCGUCCGAGCGGCUGUCCUGCUCAUAUCCACAACGCUGUGCGUCAGUGAGUGUGUUUACGCAUGUGUGUGUGUGUGUGUGUGUGCGUGCAUGUGUGUGUGUGUGUGUGUGUGUCUGUGUGUGUGCAUGGGUAUCAGAGACAAGCGCGCUCCACCGCAAAGGAAUUAAUUUCGACAGGUUUUUUUUAAAAGAUAAAAGGAAAGUAACGACUGACUGGAUGGGGGAGAGAGUUGAAGAGUUGCUGAUGCCUGGCUGCUCUUGAACCUAAAAAGAAAAACGGGUUUUGAUCUUCAGGCUGUUGUUUUAUUUUCAGUUGUUUACUCCUCUCCGUCUGAGUACUUUUCACCUUCACCGCGAGGAGCCGAGAGGUGACUGCAGAGGAAUUUAAGCAGAAGAAGAUUACACUUUACUUGAAGUAUUUGACGCGCUGGCGGGGGGGCAGAAUGGAUGCCUCAUUUUUAGCAGACGACGACUACAAUCAGACCUACGUGGAUGAGCAUCUUUUCUACGAGGGCAAGAUGGACGGCUUUGGCAUUGCCAUGGCUGUACUCUACUUGGCGGUUUGCAUCCUGGGCCUCGCCGGGAACUCCCUCGUCAUCGUUGCCGUCUUGAAGUUGGACAAAAUGUCGUCGCCCACGACGGUGUACAUUUUCAACCUGGCGCUGGCCGACGGACUCUUCAUGGUCGGCCUUCCCUUCAUCGCGAGCCAGAACUUCCAGAACUACUGGGUGUUUGGCGACGCGGCGUGCAAACUGGUCAUGGUGCUGGACGGCAUCAACCAGUUCACCAGCGUCUUCUGCCUGACGGCGAUGAGCCUCGACCGCUACAUGGCUCUGGCCGACCCGCUGCGCUUCGCCCGCUGGAGAACGCCGCGCAGCGCCAAGGUCGUCUCGGCAUUCAUGUGGCUGUUCUCGCUGCUCACCAUCCUCCCGAUGGCGCUCAACUUCUCGGCCGACGGAGGCCUGUGCAUGCCGUACCUCGUCUCCGAGGCCUGGUGGCUCGGCGUUCUGUCGUACGCCUUCGUCUUGGGGUUUGCGCUGCCGUUCACGGUCAUGACGGCGUUCUACGCGGCGCUGCUGCUCACCCUGAGGUCCCAGCGGCUCCGGGCGACGACGCCGCCCAACCACGAGAGCCAGCGGCUGGAGCGGCAGGUGACCAAAAUGGUGGUGGCGGUGGUGGUGGUGUUUGGGAUUUGCUGGCUGCCGUUUUACACGUUGAACUUCUACUCUCUGUAUCAAACCGGCCUGGUGCUGAGCUUCACCAGGGCUUUCGAUUUCGUGGUGCUGCUGUCGUACUCUUGGAGCUGCGCCAACCCCAUCCUCUACGCCUGCCUCUCCGACACCUUCAGGAGGCACUUCCGCACACUCGUCUGCCCCGCCGCCAAUUCGCCUCCCAGCAUGCACUGCAACACUGAACGGUAUGACUUAAGUGACACAUGUGUGCGGGAUGUGACCAUUCUGGCAUAGAGACAUACAUAAAAUACAUAAACAUAAAAAAACCUGACUCUAUAUUUUCCUCAAUGGCCUGUCACGAUGCACCGCAUGAUACUUUUUACCUGCUCGCCACUUAUUUACUCAUUUGAUGUUUGUAGAUAUGUGAUACAUAUACAUUGGAAGGGAUUGAAGUAGGAUUGGGCAUCGAGAACCGAUUCCUACUUGGAAUCGUUUCAAAAAUUACGAUUCCAGUAGAAUCGUUUCUGUAUUGGAAUCGUUUAGAGGAUUUGGUUUCAAAUCCGAUCAUCGCUUCCCAAUUUCAUAUGUGCGAGUUGUGGUUUCCCGAAGCGGCCAGGCGCUUGUUGUUGGCACCGUCAGACACCGCCUACCAAGAGCCUGGGUCGGUCC